GCUUCCUUCAUUGUCCGCACAACCCUUUCUGUCAAGCUCUUCUCCAGCGAGGGCGCCGCCUCCACCAGGUCGUGACCGCACCCAUCCACUUGGUUGUGCACACGACGGCCCAGCGCCGCCUCUCUAGCAGAGAACAGAGAACGAGAGAAAGGGAGUCGUGUCCAACACUGACAUGACUGAUGGUGAGAAACUUGCUGCCUUGGAGAAGGCGUUGCUCGACGAGAGUGUGGAUCCAGUCGAUCUACCCUUCUCUCUUCUCAUGUCCAUCACAGAGAAUUUCUCCGACGCUCGAGAGAUCGGCAGGGGUGGGUUCGGAGCAGUCUACAAGGGAGUGCUUCCAAGUGGUGGCAUCAUUGCCAUGAAGCAGCUCUUCGAGAGGUACGAGAUCCUGGACAAGAAUUUCGAGAGCGAGGUCACCUGUCUCGCGGGGGUCAAGCACAAGAAUACCGUGCGAUUUCUCGGGUACUGCUCGGAGACGCAGCAAGUACUGAUUCCAUACAACGGGAAGCGUGUCUUGGCAGAUGUGCGGCAUAGGCUGCUCUGCUUCGAGUACAUGCCCAAAGGGUGCCUUGCUGACUAUCUCUCGGAUGCAUCUUGUCGACUUCAGUGGACCACACGUUACCAAAUAAUCAAGGGGAUCUGUGAGGGUGUACAUUAUCUUCACCAACAACGUAUUAUUCACAUGGACCUCAAACCUCAGAAUGUACUACUGGAUGAUAGCAUGGUGCCCAGAAUUGCGGAUUUCGGUCUAUCACGACGCUUAAGUGGAAGCCAGAGUUGGGCUAUUACUGAUCACAAGCUUGGGACAAUGGGAUAUAUGGCACCAGAAUUCUUAAAUAACGGAGAAAUCACCUACAAGACAGACAUAUAUAGUUUGGGUGUUCUAAUCAUGGAGAUCCUUAUGGGACAUAAGGAGAGCUCCAGUGUUAAGGAGGUAGUAGAAAGUUGGACGGAUAUGUUUGGGACAUCAAAUGGUCACAUAUCACUUGAACAAGUAAAGGCAUGUGCCGAGAUAGGGAUAGAAUGCACAAACUAUUACCCAAGGAACAGGCCAGCUAUAUGGUUUAUCAUCCAUGGAAUACUGGUUGACACGGAAAUUUCAGAUUGGCGUGUUACAAGUGAUGUAGGUGCCUCAACAGAAGAGCAGAUAAGCAUUGCCUCCAAGCUGGCGGAUGAGUUGAAAUUUAUGGAUGAUUCUGCUGUUGCACCAUCGGAACUGCCACCGUUAACGUUGGAGGUGGAGCAGAACGAUGGCAAAUUGAGCCAGGAGAGGAUGAGGAAGGCAUCAAAUAUAAGCUUCUCGAAGCUAGCGGAUGAGCUGAAGUUGAUGGGUAAUUCUGUCGCUAGUGGCAAGCUGAUUGAUAAUUCUAUCACACCAUCACAACUGCAACCAUCGGCACUCGAGGUGGAGAAGGAGGAUGGCAAGAUAAGCUUCUCCAAGCUGGUGGAUGAACUAAAGUUGAUGGAUGAUUAUGUUGCACCAUUCCAACUUCAACCAUCACCGCUGGAGGUGGAGCAGGAGGAUGGCAAAACGAGCCAACAUAAGAAGAGGAGGGCAUCAACCAUGAGUGUGGCAGCCGGGGUGAUGAGCACCCUCAGUGGCAAGUUUACCACUUUCAUGAGCGAUGAGUACAAUCAACACAAAGAGGUGAGGAAGCAGGUGUUGUUCCUCGAGAAGGAGUUGAGCACCAUAAAUGCUGCUCUUGAGCUGCCGGAGCACAUGAAUGAGCUCGCUCCAGGGGUAAAAAAUUGGAGGGAUGAUCUCAGGGAGAUUUCCUAUGACAUGGAGAAUUGCAUUGAUGACUUCACCCGCCAGUUCGGAGGUGAGGAUGUUGAGGUAGGCCUUUUCUGGGAGGCUGCUGAACUUCACAAGAGGUUGUGCGAGCUUCAUCGGAUUUCCAACCAGAUGGGAGAGCUUAGGACUCUUGCGGUAGAAGCAAAUGCUCGACAUGAGAGUUACAAGAUUGAUGAUUGCAAGCCUAGCUAUGGUUUUGUAGUUGUCGACCCUCGGCUUCCCACGAUCUACCAGGAGGCAAUCGGCCUUGUGGGCAUUGACGGCCCAAUGGAGGAGGUUUCCAAUUGGUUGAUGGAUACUCAGAAAAAACUCAAGGUUGUUUCUAUUGUGGGUUUCGGAGGUCUGGGUAAAACUACACUUGCCAAACAGGUGUAUGACAAGAUCAAGGAAAAUUUUGAUUGUGUAGCAUUCAUUUCAGUUUCACUGAGGCCUGAUAUGAGAGUAAUUCUCAAUCGCCUAAAAUUGAAAUUUAGGAUAAAUGAGUGUUCUAACGAUCACGGAUUUGACGACAUCAUUGAAGAGCUAAGGAAGUAUCUUGCAUAUAAAAGGUACCUUAUUGUAGUUGAUGACUUGUGGGAUCAAUCAGCAUGGAAUAUUAUUAGUUGUGCUUUUCCAGAUAAUGGUAAUGGGAGCAGAGUAUUAGUAACCACGCGAGUUGAAGAUGUGACUAGUGUGGCAUGUUGCUGUGACCGUGAAUGCAUUUACACAAUGAAGCCUCUCAAUGAACAAAACUCAGGAAUGCUAUUCUCUAAUAGAGUAUUUGGGGAGGAAGUUGUUUGUCUACCCCAUCUUGAAGAUCUCAUGGCCGAAAUUCUGAAGAAGUGUGGCGGAUUGCCGCUUGCAAUAAUCACUAUAGCUAGCCUGUUAGCUACUCACGUGAGAUCAAGGAAACACUGGGAGAGCAUAAGAAAAUCUUUGCGUGCCCAAUCUUCUCCAAAUCCUUCAUUGAAAGAGAUAAAAAAUAUAUUAAACCUUAGCUACACACAUCUUCCUCUUCAUCUCCGGGCAUGUUUUUUGUACCUUGGUAUGUAUCCUGAGGACCACAUCAUAAGGCGGGAUCAGCUGGAACAAUGGAUGGCUGAAGGCUUCGUCAGCAGUUUGCCUGGCCCAGAUUUGGAGGAUGUUGGCAGGAGUUAUUUCAAUGAGCUCGUCAAUAGAAGCAUGAUUCAGCCAUCGGAAAUCGAGUAUGGAGAGGUGUUGUCUUGCACAAUACAUGACAUGAUGCUUGAUUUGAUCCUAAGCAAGUGUGUAGAAGAUAAUUUUAUAAGUGUGGCAUACAAUUCUGAGGACAUGGAAAGGCUGCUACAUCACUGCAGAUACAAGGUUCUCCGAUUAUCCCUGAGCUCCAUGGCUGUUGGUGGGUCAACAUUUGGCACGACUAUUGCUGCUAGGCUGUCACAAGUUCGAUCAUUAUUGUUCAAGAACCAUAUACUGCCUCUUUUAUGGUUCAAGUACCUCAGGGUGCUAAUCAUUUUUGGUGGGCACUGUGGGUCAGAGAUAAUUGACCUCACUGCUGUUAGCCAAUUGUUUCAGCUGAGAUGUCUGAUGGUAAAUGCUUAUGGGAAAAUAAAGCUCCCUACUAAACUUGGUAAGCUUGUUUACUUGGAGACACUAGACAUAGAAAAUUCCACAUUGAUGGAGUGCAUCCCAUCAGAUAUAGUACAUUUGCCCCGCCUGUCUCAUCUGCUUCUUAGAAAGUCUACACACCUGCCUAAAGGUAUCGGGAAUAUGAAAUCAUUGUGUACUCUGCGAGGGCUUGACAUGAAAAAGAGCUCGCUGGAAUGUUUUGUGGGUCUCGGCGAGCUGACCAAUUUAAGGGAACUGCAUAUGUCAUUAGGUGAUCUUAGUUUGAGUUUCCCAAAAGUUGAUGCUUUGACUUGCUCCAUUGGAAAACUCUGUAACCUUGAACGUCUGAGCAUCUCUGGCAAUCAUGUUGAGCAUGACGAUAACCAGCAGCUGGACUCAUUAUCCAAUCCUUUUCAACAUAUUGAGUGUCUUGAAUUGCAAUUUUUGCUGUUAUGGAGAGUUCCAAAAUGGUUGUGUGGUCUCCAUUGCCUGAGCUUCCUCUCCCUGUUUGUUGAAGUGACAACAACUGAGGAGGUUCGUCUGCUUGGAGAGCUUCCCUCCCUCGUCCACCUCGAAUUUGGAGCAUGUGAAAUCCCUGUUGAAAGAGCUAUGUUAGGCACUGGACUAUUCCCAGUUCUGGAGUUCCUCAAUUUCUGGUCUUGGAGAGACACUACGCCGUACCUGGGCUUCGAGGCAGGUGCUAUGCCCAGUUUACGAACACUCUGGUUCAGUGCGUCCGACUGGGGCGGCACUGUGCCAGUUGGCAUGGAGCACUUGUUACAUCUCCAGGAGAUCCAUGUGCAUGGGGUCUGCAUUAAUAAGGAAAUGUUCAAGGAGGACUUGCUGAUGCACCCGAACCGCCCUUCCGUCAAAGUUCAUGCUUUUAUAGCAGAGUAUAAUUCCCACAUGCAUCGUACUAUGUCUAUCUUCCGUAGACCUGCUGGAGAAGUGAAAAGGGGCAGCUGAUUAAGGCGCUCUUGAUCUUUAUAUAUACAUAUAUAGAUACUGACAUCAAGGAAGGAGCUUACCACGAAUGUCUAACUGCUCCGGAUGUGGUUGUGCUCACGACUGCAGAUGUGUCCGCUGCAUCUUUGUUUUUGACAGCUAAUUAGUGAUUAAGAUCUGUAUUUUUCUUGUAAUCUGCCUCCUGCCUCUCUGUAGUGGCUUGUAAUCCUGAUGAUCAAUAAAUGAA